AUGAUUGCGGAAUGGCUGAAUGGUGAACGUGAAAUCGCUUGCAUCAUGAUCCUGCCCAUCAACACGGCGCGCAUACUCGUCCCAACAGCCUUCAAAGCCGACGAGCUGCGCGAGAUUUUGACGGGUUUGACCGCCGGCUUGCUGGGCUGCUUCAGACUCCAUGACAGCGCGUGGCUGAUUCGUCGCUCGGAGACGAGCCGUGAAGGACUGGUGAUCAGCGUGCAGCCUCAGCUUUUCCUGUUGUGUGGUUGCGACUAUUGGGUUCGCCGCGAGCGUACCUUCGAGGACAGCAAGCGCCAUGCCGAAUCGUUCGCCUCGCUCUGCCAAACUUACUCGGAGCUGAAAUCGGGCUACAUCAACGAGGACGCCGAGGACGACGAGGACGAGGUUUUGGUCUGUAUCCCCGAGCAUACGAUCGAGCUGGAGAGCAAGGCGCGCAGUUACCUCGACGCCUACGAUACCGUCUCGCGCCGGGAUGCCACCUGUGAUUUCGCCAUCACCUCUUCGCUCUACUUCGACUAUGAUCGGAACUGGUUCAAGCUCGAGAGGGAGGUCCGCGUGUUGCUCGAAUCGUACAGACACGGCGAAGCCCUGCACUACUUUCCCUGGGAU